AUGUCAUCGAAUAAGGGUCGAGAUCAUUCAGAUGAUAAUUAUGAUGAAGAUUAUCAUUCUUCGAAGCGUGCUCGUACAAGUCGUAUUGAUCAAAUUUCAACAGAUUAUUCCCAACGUCGUGCAUGUUCUUCAACUGGAAUAAUCAAUGAAAAACCAUCUCAUAAUGGACAAAUUGAAAAUAGUUCAUAUGGUGUUGUACCAAAGGCUCCAUCUGAAAAUGGAAUUGAUUCAAAAAAACGUUCACGUUCAUUUGUUCGUCCAACAAUUCGCUCAGCUGUACCAAAUUCACAAAUAACAACAAUUAUUAAAAGACCAACACAAUCAGGACAUGCUGGUCAACAAAUUGAACUUUAUACUAAUCAUUUUCGAAUAAAUUUUUCUAAAUCAACAAAUGAAAUAGUUUUAUAUCAAUUUGAUGUUGAUGUUGAACUAUUAAUGCGUGAUGGUUCAUGGCGGUCAUGUAAAAAAGAUGAACGUUUACAAGUUCUUAAAAAAAUUCUUGAACAAGAACGUUUUCCACUUGUAUGGUAUGAUGAAGGAAAAAAUUUAUAUGCUAUUGAAAAUUUAACAAUUAAUUUUAAAAAAGAAUAUCAAUGUGAAAUAGUACAUAAAAAAACAGAACGAACAAAUAAAUUUCGUUUUUUAAUUAUUAAUCUUGUGAAAACUUAUGAAUUAAAAAAUAUAUUUGAUUUUAUUCAAAAAAAAAUUUCUAUUCGACCACAUGAUCCUGUUCGAAUACUUGAAACAUUAUUCAAACAAACACAAAGAUCAGAUAUGAUAACUAUUAAAAAUCAAUCUUAUCUAAAAAAUCAACGAUUAGAUGAUCUUGGUGAUGGUCGUGGUUUAGCAUCAGGAUUUUACCAAGCUAUUGUACUUGGAGAACGUGGUCCUACAUUGAAUAUUAAUAAUACAUUUUGCUGUUUUUAUCAAAAUUAUAAUUUAGUUGAAUUUCUUUCUUGUUAUUUAAAUAAUGAUAUUCGAAAACAUGGUAUUCCAGCAAAAGAUCAUCCAUUACUUGUUCGAAAAAUUUUAAAAUCACUUUGGUUUGUAACAUCACAUACAAAUCAAAUUCGUCGAUAUCGUUUAAAAUCUUUUGGUCAUCCAGCAGAUGAACAUAAAUUUGUUAAAAAUCAAGGUGAACAAAUAACAGUUGCUGAUUAUUUUAAUGAUAAAUGGAAUAUUCGUUUACGUCAUCCACAUUUACCUGUUGUUGAAUUAUAUAAUCCAGCUGUUAAAAAUCAAUCACAUUUUUUACCAAUGGAAUUAGUUACUGUUGAUGAAUGGCAACGAAGUUUAAAACCAUUAACAACUGAUCAACGUGCUAAAGUAACUAAAAAAACAGUUGUUCGUCCUGGUGAACGUUAUGGAAUGAUUCGACGUGUUGCUGAUGAACGUCAUUUUAAUAAUGAUUCAUAUCUUGAAAAAUUUGGUAUUAAUGUUGAUGUUAAUGAAAUGAUUAUGAUACCUGCAAGAAUUUUACCAUCACCAGAAAUAAAAUAUAAAUCAUUACAUGGUGAUCAACGUGAUGUUGUUGAACGAGUACAAAUUGGGAAAUGGUGGUUAAAUAAUCGUUUUAAUAAAGCACGUGAAAUACGUACAUGGGCUGUUAUUCUUGUUAGUCAACGUGAACCUGAUAAUCGACAAAUUCGUUUAGCAAGAGAUUUUGCUAGUAAAAUUCCACAGGCUAUGUCAAAAUAUGGUAUUAUAUUUAAUUCAUCACCUAUUGAAAAAUCUGAUGCAGCUGUACCACAAACAUUAUUAGCUCGAAUGAAUGAACUUAAAAUGCUCGGAUGCGAAGUUAUUAUUUAUAUCCUCAAUCAAGUUGGUGAUGACAUUUAUCAUGCUAUUAAAUUUUUUGGAAAUGUUAAAAUUGGUAUGGUAACCCAAUGUACCCGUUUUGAUCGACUUAUGUCAAAUAGUGAUAAUCGUAAAAUGGAUAUGUAUAUUCAAAAUUUGGUACAAAAAUUCAAUGCAAAAUUAGGUGGUGUAAAUCAACUUGUAUCAUUAAUGCGUGCAUUAACAUCACCAUCAGCUCGUUCAGAUGUAUUUAUGUUUUUUGGUAUUGAUUGUACUCAUAUAACAUGUUCACGUGAAAGACCAUCAAUUGCUGCUAUUAUUGGAUCAAAAGAUUCAACAAGUACACAAUAUGCUGGUCGUGUUGUACAACAAUUUUCACCAAAAGGAAAAAUCGCUCUUGAAAUAGUAAAAGAUCUUCAUAUACUUGUUGGUGAAUUAUUACGUGAAUUUUCUAAUCAUAAUUCACGUUUACCAAAUAAACUUGUUUUUUAUCGAGCUGGUGUCGAUGAUGGAUCAUUUCAAAAAGUACUUGAUAAUGAAUUACGAGCUAUUCAACGAGCAUGUAAAGAAUUAUACGGUCAUAAUCAAUUACCUCAAAUUUGUUUUGUUGUUGUUAAAAAACGUCAUAAUACGCGUUUUUUUGUUUGGGAUAAAAAAUCAAAUCAAACAAAUAAUAUUCAACCAGGAACAGUUAUUGAUACCGAUAUUGUUUCACCCAAUGGUUUUGAUUUUUAUCUUAAUUCUCAUGCAGCUAUACAGGGUACAUCAAGACCAGUACUUUAUCAAGUUUUAUAUGAUGAAAUUGGUUUUACAUCAGAUGAUAUUCAACAAUUGACUUAUUAUUUAUGUCAUACUGAUGUACGAUGUACAAAAUCAGUAUCUGUUCCAGCACCUGUUCAUUAUGCAACACUUUGUGUUUCACGUGGUCUUAAUCUUGAUUAUGAAGGUCAAAUGGCAAAUGAACAACGAAGUAUUGCUACUUCGGAUUUAGAAGAAGCAGUUUUGGAUGAAAAUGUGAUCGUCACUUUAGAUGACGUUCAAACAACAAAAAUCGAUUUUAAUCCAUCAAUUGAAAACACAAUGUGGUUUGCAUAA